AUGGGCAGGAAGCCUGAUGGUUUUGGGUUUAUUGCUGGUCCAUCUCCACCUGGCAAUAAUGCUGCAGCAACGCCACGUUGGUAUAACACGGAGGCCUGUUAUUAUGGCGUAAUCAUGCGACGGUGUUGCUCUGCUCUCAGGGAAGUUGAUCACAGUUUUCUCCUUGUGUGUGCUUGCUUGAUUUUGUCCGUGUUUUCUACUAUUCCUGAACACACAAAACUUGCCUCUGGUUGUCUCUUCAUUUUGGAAUUUGUCAUGAUUGUUGUCUUUGGUUUGGAAUUUAUUAUUCGUAUCUGGUCCGCUGGAUGCUGUUGUCGAUACCGAGGAUGGCAAGGAAGACUGCGCUUUGCAAGGAAACCAUUCUGUGUAAUAGACAUCAUUGUUCUCAUCGCUUCAAUAGCAGUUGUUUCUGCAAAAACUCAGGGUAACAUUUUUGCAACAUCAGCACUGAGAAGUCUUCGUUUCCUACAGAUCCUUCGUAUGGUGCGCAUGGACCGAAGAGGAGGCACUUGGAAAUUAUUAGGUUCAGUAGUUUAUGCACAUAGCAAGGAAUUAAUCACAGCCUGGUACAUAGGAUUUUUAGUACUCAUCUUUUCAUCUUUCCUGGUUUAUCUGGUGGAAAAAGAUGCAAAUAACCAAUUCUCCACAUAUGCAGAUGCUCUCUGGUGGGGCACAAUCACAUUGACAACCAUUGGCUACGGAGACAAAACUCCUCUUACUUGGCUUGGAAGGUUGCUUUCUGCAGGAUUUGCUCUACUUGGCAUUUCUUUCUUUGCACUACCUGCUGGCAUCCUUGGCUCAGGAUUUGCGUUAAAAGUGCAGGAACAACAUCGUCAGAAACACUUUGAGAAAAGAAGGAAUCCAGCUGCCAGUCUAAUUCAGUGUGUAUGGCGUAGUUAUGCGGCUGAUGAGAAAUCGGUUUCCAUUGCUACCUGGAAGCCUCAUUUGAAGGCCUUGCAUACCUGCAGCCCUACAAAAAAAGAACAAGGGGAAGCUUCUAGCAGUAAGCUUUGUAGUAAUAAACAGAAGCUCUUCAGGAUGUACACCCCUCGGAAACAUAGUCAAAAGCUAAGUUUUAAGGAGCGGGUCCGGAUGGCCAGCCCACGAGGACAAAGUAUAAAGAACAGGCAGUCUUCAGUUGGAGAUCGCCGGUCACCAAGUGCCGACAUUGCCACCGAGGGCAGCCCAACCAAAGUCCAGAAGAGCUGGAGCUUCAACGACCGAACCCGCUUCAGGCCCUCACUGCGGCUGAAGAGCUCGCAGCCCAAACCCGUGGUCGACGCUGACACCAGUCUUGGAACAGAUGAUGCUUAUGAUGAUAAAGGGUGCCAGUGUGAUGUGUCAGUAGAAGAUCUCACCCCUCCUCUUAAAACUGUCAUCAGAGCAAUCAGAAUUAUGAAAUUUCAUGUUGCAAAGAGAAAGUUUAAGGAAACACUUCGUCCAUAUGAUGUCAAAGAUGUCAUUGAACAGUAUUCAGCAGGUCAUCUAGACAUGUUAUGCAGGAUUAAGAGUCUUCAGUCACGCGUUGACCAAAUUCUUGGGAAAGGACAAAUCACGGCAGAUAAAAGAAGUAGAGAAAAGAAUCCUGCAGAGAAUGAGACAACUGAUGACCUCAGUAUGUUAGGGCGUGUAGUCAAGGUGGAGAAACAGGUACAAUCCAUUGAGUCAAAACUGGACUGUCUAUUAGAUAUUUAUCAACAAGUUUUGCGAAAAGGAUCUGCAUCCGCGCUCACUUUGGCUUCCUUUCAAAUGCCAGCUUUUGAGUGUGAGCAGACUUCUGAUUACCAGAGUCCAUCAGACAGCAAAGAUUUGUCUAGUUCUGCACAAAUUAGUGGAAGUGUAUCCAGAUCAGCUAGUGCCAAUCUGCCUCGUGGCCUACAACUUAUACUGACACCAAAUGAAUUUAGCACUCAGGCUUACUAUGCUUUUAGUCCAGCUAUGCAUAGUCAAGCAACGCAAGUGCCAAACGAUGGACCUGCAACAGUUAAUAAUACAUCAAACCAAAUAAACCAGGCAACUAAGCCAGCAACUCCAACAACAUUACAAAUACCACCUUUCUCAUCAAUGAAGCAUAUCAAUAGGCCUGAGCCCGUUCAUAUUAUUCCUGUAACCACACAGGAAAAUAUUUCCGAUGUCACCGCUUGCCUUGUUGCAUCAAAAGAUAAUGGACAAGUUGCACAGCCCAGUGCGACGAAGGAUCUCGCAUGGAGAAAAAGUCUGGAUACAGAAGGGGAACCUUUGCUCUCAGUUAAACCCGUGGUGCAAAUGGAUUUAGGAAAAUCUUUAUCUGCACAAAACCUUAUACAAUCAACAGAAGAACUGAAUGUACAGAUUGCUGGCAGUGACUCCAGUGGUUCCAGAGGUAGCCAAGAUGUAUACUCCAAAUGGAGGGAGUCAAAAUUAUUUAUAACUGAUGAAGAGUUGGAGACAGAAGCAGGAACAGAGACUACUGAAGCCAUCUCGCACCCGUUAGUGGAAACAACUCUCUCUGCUGACUCUCUAAGGACUGGAAUAUCAAGAUCAUCUCAAAGCAUUUGCAAGCCCGGGGACGGUACAGAAGCACUCAGUCUGCUCCACGUCAAACUUAAAUAACAGCUUGUGGGCUUUCUUCAUUGGCUGGGUCAUUCCUCUAGUCAUACAUAUCAUAGCAUGAACUGUUUUGAAAGCCUUUUUAAUAAGAUAAAAUCACAAAAAUCAGGAUGAAUCUGAGAAGCAGUUGAAUGAGCCCAUAUCUCCUAGUUGCAUGAAAAUGCAUGUUUAAGUGAUGGCUAACAUUCAAAUUUACACCUACAGUACGGCAGCCUUUAUGUAUUGCAGUAGGUUUAAAUGAUGAGUUGCCUACAAAGCUAAUGCUGCAGGAUAUAUCAAAAAGCAAAAAUCUGAGCAUUUAGACCUAGUGCCGUUUCUACAGGGCAGAAGUAAAAAUCGUAAGGUUUAAAGCACUUUGCUUCUGAACUAAUUAAAUAUAUAUAUAUAAUGUCCUGAUUUAGAUGAUAGUUUAUGUUUACAAAAAAAAAUUAUCUACAGCUGCUAGCAAGGUACCAAGGAAAUCAGUAAUAUGGGGUUAGAAAUGGCUGCCAGUUGCAAGAUACACACAUUAGCUCAUCAGUAAUCAGUUAUUUUUAACUCUGAAAAACAGUACAUUAAUAUCCAUCUGAUUUUUGGUGAUUUAGUGCUGUGGCAAAAGUACCUGACACACCACUAUCACAUUGUUCUUUAUAAUGAGAACAUUAUUUUGCUACAAAAAGUUUGCAUCUUAAGGAUCGGGGCUGGCCUCAGAAGCGGAUAAUCUGGGUGACUGCGCUAAAAAUUCAGGGGAAUCUCUCCUUCCAGUCUCAUUGAGGAGCUACCUUGUGAAUCUGAAACAUUUUGGCAGCAGUAGGUGAGGGAAGGAAGCAGGGGCUGCCUUUAUUGUAGAAGCAGUAUUUCCUUCUGUGGAAAUUUUGGCAAUUUUCCUUGCAGUCCCAACCUGAUACCACGACAGCACUUCACAAGGCUGGGAAAGGAGGGAAAAUGAGGAACUGAAAUACAGGGUAAAACUAAAGAGGAUAGAACAGGGAAGACAGAAAAACAACACAAUCAAUGAAGAAAAAAAAGAAUAUGGAUUUAGACGGGCAGGAAGGGAAAUGAUCCCAGAAAAUAAAAGAAGGAAGGUAAAGAGGCAAAAAGAUUUUUUUUUUAAAUCCAGCCUGUCAGUCACAAAUACUGAGCACUAUUUCCAAAAAGAAAGCCAUGUAGGCAAUUGGAAAUGGAAAUAGAAGUAGGGAAGACCACCUUAACAGAAAAAAAGCCUGAAGGCAAGAGGUUUGUUUGUUUGUUUUUGUUCGCUUGCUUUUUAAAUAAAAGGGGAGGAGGAGAGGGGGGAAAGCGGUCACACUCUUAUAGCUCAACACUGUGUCCCAACUGCAGUCGUUUCUUGUGAACUUUCCAAGAAAGGACCUUCAGACUCCUUCCUCCCAAUACCCAAGUUUUCAGAUUCAAAGCCUACAUCAGACCGAGCAUUCCUGCUUGAUACAUCCUCUUUUUUUCUUAUCCUAACCUACACUUCACUUCUGCUGAGAUGCAGGAGCGGUGUUAGUGCCUAUCUGCACAUCCCCAGCGAGGCUUCGCCACUGGAAGAACCCUUGCGGAGCCUAAACAGGCUUUCGCUCUUCCCAGCUGAAUGAGGUUUCCAUGCGCUGCCUCCCCCCAGAUUUAUACCCCACCUGCACCACAGGCUUGUAGACAACCUGACUUGGGCUCAGCUUCCCUCUAGCAGCAGGAACACCGAAUGUACGGGGGUGCCAGUGCCAGCUCACUCAGGGCAGUGUUUUCUCAAGGCCCAGACCUGCUGGGAACUUACUAUGUACAUCAAAAAUGUCACUCCAGUCUUAACCAUGGCUAAAUGCUGUAGAUUGUAUUGUGAAGGACGAUCUGUUUACUAUGAAACCAUUGUAAUUUCUGCUUCCAUAUUUCCUUUACAGAAGUAUUCCUGGAUGUUACAUGAUAACCUUAUUAUGUGAAAGUACAUGCAAACUGUAGAGUGUAUAUAUUGUGUCGUUACACGGGGUCCAGGGAUGGUACACUGUGUUCCAUGGCUUACGCCGGGGCAAACUUCAGCUGUUAAAUCCUGAAAGACACCUUGAAGCACAAUUUCCUCACCACUGAUUUUCCAUACAAUUUACCACAUUCAGUCUUUCCUGUUUUCUUUUAUGUGCAGCCUGAUCAUACUAAAGCCUGAUUACAACAGUAAUUUUGUGAGGAUAAAUAGAGUUUUUUCCACAUCUCAGUUCAUUUAACUAUUAACUUAUUUGAAUGCCUGCAGUUUAUCCAGGCAGAUCUGUAAGUUUAAAGUCCUAUCCAAAAUUUAAAAACUUACAAGUUUUUUUCAUGCUUUUCUUUCUUUUUCUUAAUGGUUUAUGGUGCCUUUCUUGCCUUUCAUACGAAGCCUCCUGCUGGCCUAAGCAUAAACCUGCGCUUAGGUUCAGUUAAGGAGGAAGAGACAGGGCACAUGGCAACUGUGUGCCAGUCAUGAAACUCCCUUCCCCUCCUUGACGAGAUCGAAAAAUCAAGGCAUCGUGAAUUGGACUCCACUCUUCCACCUUCAUCUGCAUGAGCAGACGGUUGCACCCCCAUUGAGCCCGGAAGGCGUCAGUGGGAGAACUGAGCAUUGGCCGGCCCUGCCUGAACAGACUCUGUACAGAAACAGGGCCUUGGGUUUUGCUGAUAAUUGAUCUCACGGAAACUUGGUAUUUUUGCCUUAAAUGACAUGCUUGAGUCCUUCUAAUUUUAAGUUAAUUUAUUUAAUACAGUUUUGUGCACAAAAGAAUGAGUUCUAUAAAUUAUGUAUGAAAAUGUUAAUGUCUUUACAAAGUACUAAUAAAUCCAGAAGGUCGUAUCUUUUCAAAUUAAGGUUUAAAAUCCUAAUUUUUUUCUUUUAUGCUCACCAUUAUUAUUUUUGUAGCUGCAAGUCUUAUCGUAUAGGAAUUUUUUAACAUAAUAUUGAUAGAAAAUAGAAAGAGUAGUGAAUAUAUGAAAUUCUGGAGAGGAAGAAUUGUUUGUUUGGAUUUUUAUAAGCUUUGCUCAUAUUUCCUCAUGAGGAAUUUCCUGUUUCUACGCUCUCUCUUUAAAAGACAGUGUCGUGACUGACAGUCAUUCAUUGGUUUCACAAAAGAAGGAGCUGCCUGGCUUUUCAAGUCUUGUCCUGAGCUGCUUAUUAAAGUCCAGCUCAUGAUAGCUAAUAAGGAUUGUUCAUGAAUAGGGACAAAGGACAUUUUUUUUUUCUGAUUUGCAAUCCACUUGAGGAUUGUUGAAGAGAGAAUUUGAACUUAAGCAAGAGCAUCAGGAAUUAAGCCUUAUCCAAAUAACUGUUUUCUGAUCAGCAUGUUUCUUGUACCUGAUUGAAGAGAGAACUGAAAAGAAUAGUUUUGAUGAUUAUUUGUUUAAAAAUUUGUAUUUGCUCCUGGCUUAUAUGAUCUAUACUUUUUAUUUAAAUAUGAAUAUAGUGUUUUAGCCUAGGGUUCGAGAUUGCAAAGAUCAUACACUUUUAUUCACAGUGCCCACGGUUGUUCCAUAUGUUUUUGAGAUAAUCCUACUUAGAGUGACUGCUCUCAUUAUAGUAUGGUGAUGAGUAAUUCACCUGCUCUUCUGUGGUAAGUCAAAUCAUACUGAAUUGCUGAUGUAUGGUAGAACAUCUGAUGUACAGUAGUAUUUCUGGAUUGGGACCUGCAAUCCUUACUCAAGCAAAAAUUCUAUGGAAUUCAUUCAUUCCAUGGAAUUCAAGAAUUUUUCUUGAAUCGGGAGCUCAGAUUCAAAUCCUUAUUUUGUCGGGCAUCUGUUUAAAGUGAAAAUGGUAAUAUUCCAGUUAUUUCCUGAGGAAACUAAUACUUAGCUGAAUUUACCCAUGUCACAUUGACUAUAUAAAAAAUAACGCACAAAGUAUUGAUGUAAAAAGGGAAGAAGAGAAGGGACAUUUUUAAAAAGCACAGAGAAAAGGAGAAUAAUCAGAAAAGAGGAGUAAGCAGGAAAAGAAAAUGUAACAGCAAAGGAACGAAAAAAGGGUUUAAACACCUGAGGCUAAAUUCAUCCUUGGAUGGCUUCACUGACUUCAAUGAAUUCACUGCCCAACUGGGUGAAGUUCAGCCUCCAUUGGGAUAAUCAGGCUCAGUUCCACUGACCUUAAAGGAACUGAACCCACCUAUACCAGGAAUGAACUUGCCUCUCUGGGCCAACUUUUAUCCUGACUCAUAUGUCAUGCAAUCCUUUUGGAUUCAUUAGGUUUGAAUGAAAUACAGGUCAGAAAAGAAUUUGCCCCAGAUAUUUCUGCUUCACAUUUUUUUUCAAGUGUGUUAAUCUACUUAAUUCAAAUGGAUUACAACAUCACACAAAGUGCUGUCACUGUCUAAAAAGGUUAAUUGGUUUUUGAAAUAAGAAUUGUCCCCUGCAGCGUCAGUGGAAGCAUGCAAUAUUUUCCUGUUCAUUCAUCUGGAUGCAAAUGUGGCCAUGGCCACACACAGGACAAUUCCAGACAUAUCCAGUAUCAUCUGCUAUUGGAAGCAUUUUUUACUUCUUUGAAAGCUAAAAAGCCAGUUUCAUAACAGGCUUAGAAAGCACGAAGGCUGCUUCCACUGACACUGCAAUGACAUUAGCCAGUACAUUACAACGUUAAUUGUAACUUCUUGACAAAGUUGAAUCCAUAUUGUUGUUAAUAAAAAUGAUUUGAAAAGUA